CGGCACUCGCGCGCUGGCUCACGGCACCGCUAUCCCAGAGCAAAGCGCUUUGCUGAGAGUCGAGGUGGGGGCGAGGGCUUCCUACCCAGGAAGUCAUCUCUGUCCCCAGCAGGGCUCCCCUACCGAAAUCCUGGUGGUAGCUGCCUAGUGCUAUGUAGCCACACCCCCAGUCUCAGGAAAACAGUCAAGGUCUGGAGAGUUAACUGGCAAAGGAGAUGGUUGAAUUCUCAACAUAAACCUGACCUUGGGAUGUUUAAACUGGCUGCUGGAAAAUUUUAUGGCGACCCUGUCAAAGAUAAAGGUCUGCAAACCUGUGAAAAUUCCAAAUUUUAUGCAAUCUCAUCACGAUUUAAACCAUUUAACAAUAAAGGAAAGACUCUAGUCAUUCAAUAUACAGUAAAACAUGAGCAAAAGAUAGACUGUGGUGGUGGAUAUAUAAAACUAUUUUCCUCAAACUUGGAUCAAAAAAACAUGAGUAGUGAUUCACCGUAUUACAUUAUGUUUGGACCAGAUAUUUGUGGAUCUGAAACAAAGAAAGUUCAUGUUAUUUUAAAUUACAAGAAUAAGCUUUAUCCAAUCAAGAAACAAAUCAGGUGCAAGGUUGAUGGAUUUACUCACUUGUACACACUGAUUUUAAGAUCAGAUCAGACAUACAAAGUGAAAAUUGAUAAUGAAAUGGUUGAGUCGGGUAAUCUAGAAGAUGACUGGGAUUUCUUGCCACCAAGGAAAAUAAAUGAUUUUACAGUGAAGAAACCUCAGGAUUGGGAUGAUAUAGCCCAAAUUGAUGAUCCAAAUGAUGUCAAGCCAGAGGAUUGGGAUGAACCUGAAUACAUUCCAGACACUAGUGCCGAGAGAUCUAAAGACUGGAACAAUGUGACUGAUGGAGAAUGGCGACACCCUAUGAUCAAGAAUCCACUGUACAGAGGUGAAUGGAAACCAAGGAAGAUGAAUAACCCUAAUUAUAAAGGAGUUUGGCCCCAUCCACAGAUUGACAAUCCAAACUACUUGCCAGACUUCAACAUUCUCAGCUAUGAGAACAUUAGUGUCAUUGGACUAGAUAUUUGGCAGGUGAGAGCUGGAACAAUUUUUGAUAAUUUCUUGAUCACAGAUGAUGAAGAAUAUGCAGAAGAUUUUGGAUAUGAAACCUGGGGAGAAACCAAGGACCCUGAAAAGGUGAUGAACAUAAAACAGACUGAGGAAGAAAAGAAAAGGGAAAGGGCAGAAGAAGAAAAACGCUUCAGGGAAAGUUUUAACAAGAAGGUAGAAAAGAAAAAAGAAUCAGGAAAGAAUAAGUUAGGGAGGAAUACUGUCCAGAAGGAAGAGCUUUAAUUUGUAUUUGUGAAGAAUUUGUGGAACUAUCUGAAGGGUUUGCUUUUUUUUUUUUAAUCUGCUGUAAAGGUUUUGAUGUCCUGUUCCCUCCUGCUACCCUCCCUUAGUAACAAGCACUCAAAUACUAGUUAAAAUUUGUUUUGAGAGCCUGGCUAAAAUAUUAUUAAUUUAUCAAUUUUUAUUUUUUUCAAAUAUUUUAUUAAGAAGUCAGGCUUCUUAGUCUAAGAAUGUUAGACUGAAAUGGAAUUCAAUAAAAAUACCAAAUGUAU